AUGAGUGACAGUGGGCAAGGCAACUCUGGGCGUCCGCCCAUCGACGGCUACGUCGAUCCAAACUUUCCCAAUCCCAACGGCGAGUGGGACACGCCCGUCAUCAUCUACGGUUACACUCCCGCCUUUUCGCUCGCCGUGUUCGCCGCCGUCUGGUUCGCCGUCUUCCUCGUCGUCCACCUCGUCCAGACGAUUCGCUUUCGAAGCUGGUACUUCAUCACGUUUCCCAUCGGACUCUUGUUUGAGAUUGUCGGAUACAUUGCGCGCUCGCUUUCAGCCAAGGAUGAUCCGUAUCAUCUACUAUACUUUAUCCUCAACUACUUCUUCAUCGUCACGGCGCCCGUCUUCCUCGCUGCAGGAGUGUAUACCAUCCUCUCGGCCUUAAUUCCCCGACUUGGACGUCGAUACUCGUUCCUCCCGCCCAAGGCCAUCUUGUGGUUCUUUAUUACUUCCGAUGUUAUUGCAACUGUGGUCCAGAUCACGGGCGCUGCUCUCAUCGGUGUGCGACAGUCAAACCGCGACGAUCCCACAGACGCAAACAACAUCCUCCUCGGUGGCUUAGCCUACCAGGUCUUCUCCCUCGGCGUCUUCGUCAUCUUGACCGCGAGCUUUCUCUUCCGAAGCCGACAAGAGAUUCGUACACGAGGUCGAACACUCACCAGUUUCUGCGCCGCAUUCGCAGUAGCCACCAUCCUCAUCUAUCUGCGAACGUGCUUCCGCCUGGCAGAGACGGCUGAGGGAUUGGGCGGCCACCUCUAUUCUAACGAGAUUUACUUUGCUUGCCUCGAGUUUGCUCCCGUGGCGUUGGCUGUGUUGCUGUUUGCUAUCUGGUAUCCUGGACGGUGCGUAGGCAAGAAGCCUAAAGUUGCAGCGCCUCCACCUAAGCCCGCAUCAACCUCGAGCCUCUACUCCGUACCUUCAACAUCACCGAAGAACACGCAACAUCUCGAACCUCAAAGUUCCUCGCCCCAGAUGCCUCCGCUCCCUGCCUCCUCCAAUCCCCUCCCCCGCCUCAUAACCUACUACCAAACCCAUCAUGACUCCUCUGGAAACCUCAUCUCCCCUCUCCCGCUCAUCACGCAGCCAGGCAUCACCAUCACCCACGUCAUUGUCGCCGCCAUCCACAUAAACGACAAGCCCGAGGACAUCACCCUCAACAACCACCACCCGUCUCACCCCCGCUUCCAGACCAUGUGGGCCGAGCUCCGCGUGCUGCAGGCUUCGGGCGUGAAAGUCAUGGGCAUGCUGGGCGGCGCUGCCAAGGGGAGCUAUCAGCGCCUUGACGCCGACCAGGAGCAGUUUGACAGGUUCUACGGUCCUGUGAGGGACAUGAUUCGGGAGCGUGGGCUAGACGGUCUUGAUCUAGACGUGGAGGAGGAGAUGAGUCUAGGAGGCAUCGUUCGACUGAUAGAUCGCCUUCGAAGCGACUUUGGUCCCAGUUUCAUCAUUACUUUGGCACCCGUUGCCAUGUCUCUGCUCGACUUUACCAAGAACCUCAGCGGCUUCGACUACGAGGCUCUCGAAGUCAUGCGGGGCCGCGAUAUUGCCUGGUACAACACACAAUUCUACUGCGGCUGGGGAGACUGUAGUAACCCCCUCAUGUACGACCUCAUGAUCCAAAAGGGUUGGCCCCCGGAGAAGAUUGUCAUCGGACUCGUCACCAACCCGGAAAAUGGCGGUGGCUAUGUGCCGAUGAACCCCCUCAGCAUGGUCCUCACAACACUGCGAGGUCGUUAUGGUUCCUUUGGAGGUAUCAUGGGUUGGGAGUACUUCAACAGCUUGCCUGGAGGCACGGCACGGCCGUGGGAGUGGGCUAGGGACAUGACCAAACUUCUAAGAGGGCAUUUGUUUCCACAGUCGGCAGAAACAGCAGUGGUAACGGAUGGGUCGGUACCUACAGCUAACGCAACGAACGAAAUCGAUGCGGAUGCUCCAGGAGGGAAGGAUGUAAAGGUUCCGAAGCAGUUCGACUACUACUCGGAUGGAACAGAUGAUGAAUAG